AUGUUAUCAUCUAGGACAACUGCCCGUGCGGGCUUCUUGAUCCUCACCUGCGCCUUGUGUGCGUCGGCAUUAACAGUUCCAGGUGGUCCCUCUGUCUUUGCACCAGACGCUCCAGGCUCUUUGCAGAAGCGUGCAAUCAUGAAGGGCAACAACUAUGUUCCGCUUGCAGGCACAACGGUGCCCCUCACACCACUCUUGCUCAUCUUUGCCGGUCUUGGAGCCGCCGCAAUCGGCCUCGUCAUUGCUCUGAUCCGCAUCCUCAUGCCCUCGUGUAUGUCGAGAUCCUCGCGCAUCAUCCUCGAGGAGCGGGAACGGGCUCGUCAGGACUUGCGCGUUCGUGGCGCAGCCAGUCCUCGAGCCAGUCCUGGCGGAAGCCCUACACCAGGAGCCAGCACUCCAACGCAUGCACGACGAUACCCAACGAACAAACCAAUACGCCCGCUCGGACGCCACUCGCGAGGUAGCAGCAUGACAGCAGCAGAAUCCGCAGCCUAUUCCGCCAAGCGACCAUCCCAUGGCUACCGUGGCACUUCUUUCUCACUAGCAGAGGCACGCAAGAACUCGGACAAGUCCUAUCGGUCCAGCAUCAGCGGCCUCCAACUGCCAUUACUCAACUCGAACGAUUCCAGCAGUGGCUCCUCGUUCCAUGUCAGUGCACGAGAAAAGACCAUGUCGGAACGAGCGAGAUAUCCCAUCACAACCACCAACCAGCCUACUUCACCACGUCGGGGUGGCGACCGUCGACUCAGUUUUGGUACGCGCAACCUCAACCUCAACCGCACCAGUUCCAUCGGCAAGGGUGCUGACUUGCAACGCACACGCAGCGGUCGACAGAACCACGAGAUUGCUCUCGCUCCGCAAGCAGUGGAUCGAGCCUAUGCACAAAAGUGGGGUCGACGCGAGUCCCACACCCACCCUUUGCAAGCACCUCCUAGUCGACGUGAUUCUACCCUCUCCAUCUACGAGGUCAGCAGCAGCAGCGCCGAGCACAGCUAUCUCGAGAGCAAUGCCACAAGCCGCAUCGGCUCGUUCAGCAACAUGACCGGCACUCCGCUCCAGCCUCUCAGCACCGCUGGCUUCAGUGGCGCUCCGAACGCAACUCAACCAUGGGCGAGUCCACAAUCGGCCAGCAGAUCGCCUUCGCCUGAGUUUGCUUCGCCGGAUCCAUCUCGACUUGGAGUGGCGCACCACGCUGUCGGAGGAGGCCGAAACUCAUCGGCCAGCGGACUCCUCGACUCUGACGGCAGCGACAAUGGCGCUGUGUCUCAGACGGCGGUGCUGAUCCCUUCUCGAGCCACUUCCAGGCAACGAUGA